AUGGUCUAUGGGUACCAGAGGAACGAUGAGCUUAGAGCUGCACAUCAGCUGGGGGAAGCUGUCCCAGCCAAGCCCUGCAGAGCCACGGUCGGGAACCGGGAAAUCCUGCGGUGCCUCCGCCUUGCCGGUCACGAGGCUCCCGAGUGCGCUGCAGCCCUGCAGAGCAAGCAGCCACUCCUGCCCAGGGCUGAGGUGCCCGAAGCUGCCUCCCCGCUGUGCAGCUCUGCAGAGCCCGUGGAGCGCAGGGUCCUGGGCAGCCAGGCCAGCCCGGCUGCCUCGGAGCACAAGGAGUCGCCCAGAGAGAAGCUGCUGCCCUUUGCUUUGGAACUGUUCCUCAGAAUGGCAGAACCCGAGCCGUCUCUCUGCUGGCUCCCGCUGCUCCUGGAGAAGAAGGCAGAGAGGAGAAAACACAGGUGGAUGACGGCCAGCCUCCAUCAGUGCUCACACCAGAGCCUGAAUAUUGUGAAGCUCUGCAAGAGGAGGAUUGUGUGGUCCAUGCAGCUGUGGCAGGCCAUCCCCGUGCUGUGCGGCAAACGAAACAAAAUGGCAGAACCCAGAGCCGUCUCUCUGCUGGCUCCCGCUGCUCCUGGAGAAGAAGGCAGAGAGGAGAAAACACAGGUGGAUGACGGCCAGCCUCCAUCAGUGCUCACACCAGAGCCUGAAUAUUGUGAAGCUAUGCAGAACCCAGAGCCGUCUCUCUGCUGGCUCCCGCUGCUCCUGGAGAAGAAGGCAGAGAGGAGAAAACACAGGUGGAUGACGGCCAGCCUCCAUCAGUGCUCACACCAGAGCCUGAAUAUUGUGAAGCUAUGGCAGAACCCAGAGCCGUCUCUUGCUGGCUCCGCUGCUCCUGGAGAAGAAGGCAGAGAGGAGAAAACACAGGUGGAUGACGGCCAGCCUCCAUCAGUGCUCACACCAGAGCCUGAAUAUUGUGAAGCUAUGACAGAACCCAGAGCCGUCUCUCUGCUGGCUCCUGCUGCUCCUGGAGAAGAAGGCAGAGAGGAGAAAACACAGGUGGAUGACUGCCAGCCUCCAUCAGUGCUCACACCAGAGCCUGAAUAUUGUGAAGCUGUGCUUCUAGAGGGAGAGCAGGAGCAGACUGCUUCAUCAGAGAUGCCAUGCCAGACUCAGGGAGAGCUGUUCCCAGCCCGAGAGCAGGAAGAGCAGCUCAGGCAGCAGGUGGAAGAGGCACAGGAGAAUGGCCAGAACAUCAAGGCAGAGCCACAAGCAGAGCUGCCCCAAGCUCAGAGUGCCAUCAUGGCAGUGAAGAGGAGGAACAAGGAAGACAUGGGAAGAAUUCAAGAGAAGAAUCUCCAUCAGCAGAGGGGCGAUCAAGAAAACCAGGUGAGUGAAAGAGUGGCAGCCACUCCACUCAUGAAAUGCCCUCUCCCUUCUUGUUUGCAGUCUAUCAAGGGACACGUGCAGGCAGACCUGCAGGACUCUGAGGCUACCAACAAGGCAAGAGAGAAGAGGCUGGAGGAAGAAAUGAAAAGCGUCAGAGAGAAACUUAAUUGCCUCCCUCAGGCUCUAGAAGACCAAGUAGCCAUAAAAAAAAUAAAUCUUCAAGGACUGAGGAGGAAGGAACUAACCAUUAAUGAAAUAAGGAUCAUGAAGAGGUGUAGGAGUCCAAAUGUUGUGAAAUAUUUAGACAGCUACCUUGUGGGCGAGGAACUCUGGCUGGUUAUGGAGUACAUGGAUGGAGGUGCUCUGAGUGAUAUCAUCUACAAGACCUGCCUGUCUGAACAUCACAUUGCAGCCAUCAGUCGGGAGUGCCUGCAAGGAUUGCAUUUUCUUCACUCAAACCGUGUGAUCCAUCGAGAUGUGAAGAGCGACAACAUCCUUCUCAGAACCGACGGUUCUGUCAAGCUGACUGAUUUUGGCCUCUCUACUCAGCUCACCCCUGAGCAGAGCAGACCGUGCUUGGUAGCUGGGACUCCAUGGUGGAUGGCACCUGAAGUGGUCACAGGUCAACCAUAUGGCCCCAAAGUGGACAUAUGGUCUUUUGGAAUUGUGGGGAUUGAAAUGGUAGAAAAAGAACCUCCUUACUGGGACCAAAGUCAUACCUCGGCUCGACGCCUGAUAGCCACAGAAGGAAGCCCACAGUUGCAGCAGCCCAACCGAUUCUCACCUUGCCUGUGUGACUUCCUGAGCUGCUGCCUGCAGAGAGACGAGGAGCAGCGCUGGUCUGCCAAGGAGCUCCUGCAGCAUCAAUUUGUAACUUCAGCCAAGCCAGCAUCCAUCCUGGCACAACUCAUCAACUCAGUCAAGAAGAAGAAGGACCCUAACCCAAAACCCUAA